ACGAUGCCAGCGCUGGUAGAUGAUCAUUCAGUUGAGGAUCUUCAAGCGUACAGUAUAUCCAAGCGGUAGGCAGACAUGAAGGCGUUCAUUGUGUUCUCUGUGGUCCUGGCUCUUGCCAGCGCGGGUGCAGUCGAAAACUCCAACAAGGAAAAGCGAGGACUGUGGGAACUGGGAUCGGCUCAGCACGAUUCGUACGAGAGCUACGGAUAUGACCAUCAGCAGUCCCAUGGAUACUACGGCAACGACUACGUCCAGAAGGAGGUGAAACAGGUCAUCACCAAGAAGGUUCCAGUGCCGUACCCAGUGGAGGUCGAGAAGCACGUUCCAGUCGAGGUGAAGGUCCCGUACCCAGUUGAGGUCGAGAAGAAGGUCCCGGUCGUCGUUGAGAAGAAGGUCCCGGUGUACGUGGAGAAGAAGGUCCCAGUGCACGUUGACCGUCCAUACCCAGUUGAGGUGAAGGUCCCAGUCCAUGUCCCGGUCUACAAGAAGGAGUAUGUCGAGGUCCCGAAGCCAUACGCAGUUCAUGUCGAGAAGCCUUACCCAGUGUACGUGAAGCAGCCAGUGUACGUCGAGAAGCAGGUCCCAGUGACGGUGCACAUCAAGGAGCACCACAAGAAGCCAUUCUGGGGUUGAAAGACUGUUUGGAAGAUGUAGAGAAACUGGUAGAAUAAAGAUACAAAACUGAAUAU